UGUUGAAUGACGCGGACGUGCGUUUCGUUAGUGUUUUCAGCGGACAAUUGAGGUAGUCCACUGGAAUUUCACUGACAAUUUCACGCGAAAACGUGCAUUUUGUGACAGUUGCAGUGCCGGAAAAGAUUCAGGAGUGAAAUUUAGUGGUUUUCCCUGGGAAAUUUCAGUGAAAAGGGUCUCCGUGGAGGAAGGAAGUGUUUCCCGUGUUUUUGAGGUGUAUGGGAGAGGAGGCCCAUGGUGGUGUGAGUGAAGUGGUUCAACGAAGUGAUUAUUUUGUGCAGCAAGAAGAAUUGUGUGAGUGGCGUGGAUUGUCUCGAGAUUUCCCGAAGGUGAUUAGGAAUUUGCGGAUAUUGAGCGGAAUAUUCAGCAGAAAAAGAAUACAUUCUGUCCGAGAGAGAGAGAGAGGAAAUAAAAGGCUGCGUAAGUGGAAAAAUUGUGGGAGAAACUUACAAAACUUUCCUCGACAUUUCACUGGAUGGGUGAAAUGAUGAGAUAGUCAUUAGUGGAAAUGAGCCCUUUGCGGGGCCACCAUUUGCCAUCGCAAUGGAUGGCAAUUUUCUGCCUGACGGUGCUUGGGGCUGUGAGGGCGCAUGAUGCAUUCUUUCAGCAUUCCCGGCACCUCGUCCAGGACGGUGUGCAGCUAUUUAAAUUCACCCACACGCUGUACAAUGUAUCCAUUCCGGAGAACAGUGCCAGUCGGACGUAUGUGCAGCAACCGACAGAUGAGGCACGAAUGGGGGUGCAUUGGGUGGUGGGUCAUGAGGUCAAGUACCGAAUAGUUGGUGGGGAUAAGGAGAAGGUGUUUAAGGUGGAGGAGCGGAUUGUGGGGGAUUUUGCAUUCCUCACGCUGAGAACUCGUACGGGCAAUGUGGUGCUGAAUAGGGAAAAGACAGAUGAGUACAUCCUCGAUGUUCGGGUGACAGUGACGCAACGCCUGGAUAGGCGAGCUCUGUCAUCCAAGGCAAUCUAUGAGGAUGACACACGUGUGCACAUCCGAGUACUCGAUACAAAUGAUCUCAAUCCGCUUUUCUAUCCCACCGAAUACUCAGCCACAGUGACCGAGGAUUGUCCGCUGCAUCGCAGCAUUGUCCGUGUUGUGGCUGAAGAUGCUGAUUUGGGGAUAAACGGGGAAAUCUACUAUAGUCUCCUGGAUCCCCUGGCCAACGAACAAUUCGCUGUGCAUCCUACAAGUGGUGUUAUAUCGUUGACGCGACCACUUAAUUUUGCGGAGAGGUCCUUUCAUGAAGUCAUCGUAAUUGCCACCGACAGAGGUGGCAGCUUCAACACUCGAGCGUCAGUUUCUCGUGCCAGCAAAGCCAGAGUUCACAUCAAAGUAAAACAGGUGAAUCUCUAUCCACCGACAAUAUAUACACAAGCCCUUCCGGAAAUUGUGGAGGAUUCAAAUGCGCACAUCUUUGGGAUUGUGAGGGUUGAGGAUUUGGAUCGGGGAAUCCAUGGGAGGAUUAAGAGUUUGGACAUUGUGGAUGGUGAUCCCAAUGGACAUUUUCGGAUACGAUCGACUAAGAGGCAUGGUGAGUACAAUAUUGAGGUGCAUCAGUUGUUGGAUAGAGAGGCAACGCCACAGGGUUACAAUCUCACCCUGAGGGCGGUGGAUUGGGGCGUGCCGCCGCGACAGAGUUACAAGGUUGUACCAGUACAUCUGGCUGAUGCCAAUGACAAUGUGCCUGUGUUUAGUCGGGAGAUUUAUGAGGUUAGUGUACCCGAAUCUUCGCCCCCAAACACUCCAAUUAUAAGGCUGAAGGUGUCGGAUAGGGAUGUGGGAAAAAAUGCCCAGGUCUUCUUGGAGAUUGUUGGUGGGAAUGAAGGUGGGGAAUUUCGGGUGAAUCCUGACACGGGGAUGCUUUAUACGGUGGUUCCGCUGGAUACGGAAACCAAGAGUUUCUAUACACUUACGGUGUCGGCUAUUGAUCAGGGAAAUAGUGGAACGAGGAAGCAAUCUUCAGCUAAAGUUAAGAUAAAUGUUGCUGAUAUCAAUGACAAUGAUCCGGUUUUUGAGGGAACAAAUGCCACCAUUUGGGUGGAUGAGAAUGAACCGGCUGGGAGUACGGUAACGAAGGUGACAGCUAAGGAUCGGGAUAGUGGAGAAAAUGCUUAUAUUUCCUAUAGCAUUGCAAAUCUCAAUGAUGUACCCUUUGAUAUUGACCACUUUUCCGGUGUCAUACGGACAUCAAAACUGAUUGACUAUGAAUCGAUGAGGAGGCAAUAUAUUCUGAGAGUACGUGCAUCAGAUUGGGGUCUUCCCUAUCGACGUCAGACAGAAAUGCAACUCCAUAUACGUAUCAGAGAUGUCAAUGACAAUCGUCCGCAAUUUGAGAGAAUUGAGUGUAGUUUGGAAGUGGUGAGAUCAACACCACUCGGCACGGAGAUCUUCACCCUCUCAGCCAUUGAUUUUGAUGCUGGCAACAUGAUUAGCUACAGAAUGGUGGCGGGAAAUGAGGAUGGGUGCUUCAAUUUGGACAUGUCAACGGGUGUCAUCUCGAUUGGCUGCGAUUUGGCGGACAGUGUGAUUGGGAGACGAGAGAUUAAUGUCACAGCCACAGAUGGGACACACUUUGCCGACAUAAUGCGCAUCCAUAUCAACCUGGUGCACAUCCGACGGGCUAUGGGUGGCCCAGAGUGCAGAGAAACUGGAGUGACACGUCGGCAAGCGGAAAUAUUUGCUGAGAGUGAGAAAAACAACAUGCCACGCAGUGAUCCAAGUCAUUCGGAGGAUUUUGUCAGUCUACCAAGUCGCUAUGGGGAAAAUAUUCAUUCGCCGGAAUUCCUCGACUUCCCAUUUGAGGUUAGGGUGAAUGAAACUGUUUCCCUGGGCACCGUAGUGGCCGUUAUACGUGCCAGAGAUCGAGAUUUAGGCUACAAUGGGAAAUUAAUCUUUGGCAUUUCCGACGGAGAUAAUGAUUCAGUGUUUCGUCUUGAUCCGGAAACGGGAGAACUCAAGAUUAUUGGGUAUCUUGACAGAGAACGAGAAGAUGAAUAUGUAUUGAAUGUGACGGUGUAUGAUUUGGGAAAACCUCAAAAAUCUCUAUCAAAAGUUCUCCCUGUAACAGUUCUCGAUGAAAAUGACAAUCCCCCAAAAUUCGAAAAGAGCCUUACUAGCUUCCGGAUACCGGAAAAUGCUCUCAAUGGCACAGUUAUCAUCGUUCUAAAUGCCACGGAUGCAGAUGCCGGAGACAAUGGCAAAGUUAAGUAUACACUGGUGACAGAAACGAAAGAUUUCCGGGUGGAUCCGGAGACAGGAACUGUAACUGUCAACGGUGCACUUGACCGGGAGCGUCAAGAAGUCUAUGAAUUGCGCAUUAGAGCAAUGGAUGGUGGUGAAAGGGGUACUGGCCUUCAUUCAGAUGCCAUUGUCCGGAUAACAGUGGAAGAUAUUAAUGACAAUGCGCCGGUGUUCAGUGUCCCAGAGGGUUACACGGUGAGGGUGCGUGAGGAUGUUCCCUGGGGUACACUGGUGGUGGUGGUAACAGCCACAGAUGCCGAUAUGGGUGCAAGUGGUGAGGUUGGAUAUAAAUUGAUGGUGGAUGAGGAAUCAGAUGAAGUUUCACCUUUUCGGAUCGAUGAAUUCUCCGGGGCAAUGAGGACAACCAAUGCCCUGGACUUUGAGGAGAGGCAAAUUCAUACGCUAACAGUGAGAGCUUUUGACCGUGGUCAUCCGUCUCUUGCCACAGACACCACAGUGACCGUGGAGAUUGUCGAUGUAAAUGAGAAUCGUCAUUCUCCUCAGUUUGAUGAUUUUGUCCUCACGGGAAAGGUGAGGGAGAAUCAACCUCUCGCCACACAUGUCAUGACGGUUAGGGCAAGAGAUGCUGAUCCACCUGGUCCAGACUCACGAAUAACGUACAGUGUUCGCAGCGGAGACGGACUGGGAUUGUUCACGGUUGAUGCAGAAGGCAAUGUCCGGACGAUGGCAGUAUUUGAUGUUGAAUCAAAGCUGCACUAUUGGUUGACAAUUUGUGCCCAGGAUCAUGGCGUUGUGCCCCUUCAUACGUGUGCUGAAGUCUUCAUUGAGAUUGAAAAUGAAAAUGACAACGUGCCACUCACUGAAGAGGUCGUAUACUAUGCUUCAGUGGCUGAAGGGAGCUCCAGUGGGCAGAAAAUUGUUCAAUUGCACGCCACUGAUCGUGAUGUCGAUCCAAUGAACAGAAUCACAUAUCGAAUUGUCUCUGGGAAUCCUGAAGGCUUUUUCACCAUUAAUAGUACAAAUGGAGUCAUAUCGACAACUGGUCGCAAAUUGGACAGGGAGAAUCAAUCUGAACAUAUCCUCGAGAUUAUGGUGCAGGACAGUGGGAGUCCGGAGUUGUCGUCGACGACAAGAGUUGUGAUUACUGUGGAUGACAUCAAUGACCACAGUCCGGAAUUUGAUCAGAAAUUCUACAAGGUACAAGUUCCGGCAACAGCGAAAGUGGAACAGAAACUAUUUCAGGUGCUGGCCAUCGAUCGAGAUACUGGGGACAAUGGCAGGGUGACCUAUGCCUUGAAAUCGGGCAAAGGAAAGGCCAAGUUCCGGAUGGAUCCAGAUACGGGAAUUGUCUAUGCAGCAAAGAACCUCGAGGUAGAUACGGAAUUUGAUCUGCUCGUGAGAGCUGAGGACAAUGGCGUGCCCAAAAGAGCUCAAACCACAAGAGUUAGUGUCUUGGUGGUAAAUGUACCAACGGAAUCUCAACAUGUGCCCCAUGUGAAACAUCCGGAACAGCAUGUGGAGGUUACAGAGAGUGACCAGCCUGGUUUUCUCGUUACCCUCAUUCAGGCUGCUGACGAGGAUGACGAUAGUCUCUGGUACGAUAUCGUUUCCGGAGAUGAUCGGAAUGAGUUUUUCAUCGGACGCGACAAUGGGAACGUUCUGCUAGUGAAGAAGCUCGAUUGGGAGAUUCAGCGUGAGUACAAUCUCACGAUUUCGGUGACGGAUGGCGUGCACGUAAGUCACGCAUUCCUCUACGUCACUGUCCUGGACAUCAAUGAUCACCGUCCAGAGUUCUCCCAAAGCAUCUAUCGGGUCAAUGUGUCUGAAAGCGUUGAGGAUGGGACAGAAAUCCUUCAGCUUCAGGCCACUGAUGCCGAUGCUGACAAGAAGCUCUUCUACAGUCUCCAUGCUGCCCAGGAUCCUUCCUCGCUCAAGAUGUUCCGCGUGGAUGCAGUAACAGGGGGAGUUUUUCUAGUGCAGAAGUUAGACAGGGAGAUGCUGAAGGAGCAUGUUUUAGUGGUAAUUGUGCGUGAUCGUGGUACUCCGGCCAAAAAGAACUAUGCGCGUGUUGUGAUAACAGUGAUUGAUUACAAUGAUCAUGCGCCGGAAUUCACCACGAGAAUUGUUCAAGGGAAAGUAUUCGAAACCGCGAGUAUUGGGUCAAUGGUGGUUCAGUUGUAUGCUACGGAUCGAGAUCUUGGGGAUAAUGCUAAGAUCACGUAUUCAAUAGUGAGUGGUAAUAUUGGAAGUGUGUUUAGUGUUGAUGGACAAAUGGGAGUUAUUGCUGUGGCUAAAGAACUGGACAUGACUUCAGUCUCCGAGUAUAUGCUUCAGGUGAAAGCCAGCGAUGGAGGACAACCGUCGUUGUCUACGCAGAUUCCUGUUCAUAUAAUGGUUCAUAUGGCAGACAAUGCUCCGCCUAAAUUCUCACGGCUGGAUUCUGCGGCUGAAAUCUAUGAGAAUCAGCCGAUUGGUACAUUUGUGGCUCAAUUGGAUGCCAGAAGUACGUCAUCGGUGGUGUAUGAGAUUGUGGAGGGAAAUGUGAAUGACACAUUCUUUGUGAAUCCAUCGACUGGUGUUGUGACAACAAAUGCAAAUGUGGAUUAUGAACAGCAGAAAUUCUACAAUUUGACCAUUGAGGCUACAAAUAUGGCCUCAGUGGCAACGAGAUGUUCAUUAAUUGUCCAUGUUCUCGAUCGCAAUGACAAUGCACCCAACUUCGAGAGGUACAUGUACAUGGGGGCCAUUUCUGAGGCAGCACCAAUUGGUUCUCUGGUCCUCGUGACCCUGGCAAAUGCCACAGCCAAUGCAUCAGUGGUAGUGGAAAAUAGUGAGCCACUUGUUAUUCGGGCACUCGAUGCAGAUUCUGGUGUCAAUGCCUUUCUCCACUAUGACAUUGUCGAGGCUCUCCCCAGGCGAUUCUUUCACAUUGACUCCACCACGGGAGCCAUCAAAACGGUCAUGGUACUGGAUCACGAAAAGAUUCCCACCUACACAUUCCAUGUCAAAGUCAGUGAUUUGGGUGUUCCUCGUCUGUCGUCCGAGACGACUGCCAGGGUUGAAAUCGCCGUGACAGAUGUGAAUGAUUGUGCUCCGGUCUUCACGCAGAAGGAGUACAAUGUAACCCUAUUGCUGCCGACCUAUACCAAUAUCGCAGUGGUGCAGGUUCAGGCAACCGAUAGAGAUUCAGUUGGUGAUGCACCGGGGUUGUCCUAUGAGAUUAUCGAGGGCAAUAGAGGGGAUGUUUUUGCAAUUAAUGGAAGUUCUGGUGUUAUCACAACGCGAGAUGUUGAACAAAUUGUCUCGCAGUAUCGUCUAAAAGUGCGCGUUAGUGAUGGGAAAUUUAGCAAGACAGCCCUGGUGCAUGUUCAGGUGGAGACAUCGGAGAAUUCUGGUCUCAUCUUCCAGCGACCCUUCUAUGAGGGAGCAAUUGUGGAGAAUAGCACAAAAGUUGCCACAGUGACUGUUGUGAAUGUCCUGGGGACAAUUCUCAAUGAACAUAUAGAAUUUCGCAUUCUAAACCCCACGGAGAUGUUCAGGAUUGGAGUGACGUCGGGAGUGGUGGAGACAACGGGUGUUCGCUUUGACCGCGAAGCCAAAGACAAGUACGAGUUAAUUGUCGAGGCACGUUCUCAGACACUGGACAGGGAGAGGCCACGUGUCGCUCACGUUGUGGUCAACGUCACCAUUCUCGAUGUCAAUGACAAUUGUCCCAUGUUCGUUAACUUGCCUUACUAUGCUGUGGUAUCUGUGGAUGAUCCCAAAGGCUCAGUCAUCACAAAAGUCCACGCACUUGACAUGGAUAGCCAGGAGAAUGGGGAAGUCCGGUAUGAGAUGAAACGUGGUCAUGGUGAACUUUUCAAGGUGGACCGUAAGACGGGAGAAGUGACACUGAAGCAGACUCUCGAGGGACACAAUCGAGACUACGAGCUCCUUAUUGCGGCUUACGAUGGUGGGAUUACGCCUUGCUUCACUGAUGUCACCGUUCACGUUAAGGUGAUUGAUAAAUCCAUGCCAGUGUUCAACAAGCAGUUCUACUCUGACAGUGUGGCAGAGAAUGUUGAGCUGUACACACCGCUUUCGGUAUCAAUUCAGGCUGAAAGUCCUCUUGGACGAAAAUUAAUCUACACAAUUGUAAAGGGGAACGAAUUGGAGGAAUUUGCACUGGAUUUUAACACAGGUGCCAUUUAUGUGGUUGAUGAGUUGGACUUUGAGCGCAGACAGAGCUACGAAUUGACUAUUCGGGCAACAGAUAGUGUUUCCGGGGCGUCUGCCGAGGUUCCAGCCUCCAUUCUCGUGACGGAUGUCAAUGAUUGUCCGCCGGAGAUGGAUCAGGAUGUGUAUAAUGUAACAGUGAGCGAGGGAGCGCCUUUUGGCACUGCCAUUCUGAGAGUUAGUGCUAGUGAUAGAGAUACUGGGAUCAAUCAGGCUGUGACAUUUGCCAUUGAAACAGACUCGAAGAAUACCUCGGAGUUCUUUCAUAUGGACUCAACCGAGGGUGUUGUGUACCUUAAGAAGUCAUUGGAUUUUGAGGUAUACAGAAUGCAUCAUUUUGUGGUGAUUGCUAUGGAUAAGGGAGUACCAAGUUUAAGCAGUACUUCUCAUGUUUGGAUAAAUGUGGGAGAUAUGAAUGAUAAUCCACCAAGAUUUGAGCAAUCCUCCUACAGUUGUAGUUUGUCUGAACAUGCUAGUCGGGGGCAAUUUGUAACGAGUGUUACAGCUAGUGAUCCUGAUCACAUUGAUCACACAAACUUGGUGUAUACCAUUGCUCAGGGGAAUGAUCAGCAAACUUAUACGAUUGAUCCCGAAUUUGGGAUUAUCACUCUGGUCAAUAUGCAGAAUUUCGCAGACAAACAACUGACUGUGUUGAAUGUUUCUGUGACGGAUGGAGUUUACACUAGUUUCACUCGUGUCAAAGUUAAUAUCCUCCCCGGAAAUCUCCAUAAUCCCACUUUUCCACAUCUCAUCUAUGACGUCAAUGUGAAUGAGAACCAAUUGGCCGGCAGACUAGUAGCGCGUGUUCAGGCCCAAGAUGAAGACUUUGGAGAAUACGGUCAACUGACCUAUAGUAUCAUUUCGGAUGACAUGGCUGAAUUCUUUGCAUUGGAUCCGACCAAGGGGGAAAUAGUGACAAAAGUAAAGUUGGAUCGUGAAUCGAGGGAGAUUUAUGAGGUAGUGGUCAUGGUAGCAGAUGGUGGAGGUCGUGUGGGAUUCACCACGGUGCGUGUUCAUGUGGCUGAUGAGAAUGACAAUCCCCCCAUGUUUCAAUUCCAUGAAUAUACAGCAUCAAUCCAUGGCAAUUACACCAUCGGCCAGUCCUUUCUACACGUCCGGGCAAUGGAUUUGGACGAAAAUCAAAAUGCUGCCGUUCACUAUACACUCUACGAUGCACAGAACACAGGCGUCAAAGACCUUUUCGAUGUAAAUGAGAAUACUGGAGAGGUCUUUCUCAAGCAGAGUGCUCAUCAAUUUGAGAAUCAGCUCUUUCAGUUUUUCAUUCGUGCUUUUGAUGGCGGAGUUCCAUCAAUGCAUGAUGACGCUCCUGUUAACGUCUACGUAAUGGCUCAAAGUGAUAUUGCGCCAACUUUUGAGAAGAAAGAAAAAUCCCUGUUUCUCUCAGAAGCUGCAGCACCAGGAACUCUAAUCUCCCGAUUCCGUCUAGUUGAAAACAUUACCCAUUCCUUUAGAAUUGUAUCCGGGAAUAAAGAUAACCCUCAUUUCUCCAUCAACGAAGCUGGAGAAUUAAGAUUGGCGAGAUCAUUGGAUCGAGAGGAGAAAGAAGUGCAUACAAUUGGAGUUUUAGCUGAAAGUGACUCAAGUCCACCUCUAACGGCUCUUACUGAAAUCAAUCUACACGUUCAGGAUGACAAUGAUCAUGCCCCAGUAUUUGAAAGUAAUCCCUACGUUGUUACUGUAGCUGAAAAUAUCGAAAAGGGUUCGACCAUUCUGAAGGUUACAGCUAGAGAUGGAGAUUCCGGAUCAAAUGGGGAUGUGAGGUAUUUUAUGGCGUCGGAAAAUACAGAAGCAGGUAACACAUUUGCGAUUGAUCCAUAUACCGGAUGGAUUUCGACUCUUGGGGAGUUGGACAAGGAAUCUCGAGGAGAAUUCAAGUUUCGGGUGAUUGCGACGGACAAUGGAAGUGUGAAGAUGAAUGAUACAACGCUGGUUGUGAUCAAACUCAGAGACUACAACGAUAACCCACCAAUCUUCACACAAGAUCACUACAAUGCCAGUGUUAGUGAAGAUGCACUACCAGGAACUGUUGUUCUUCAGCUCUCAGUAACCGAUUUGGAUGUUGAUCUGGUAACCCCAAUUGAGUAUUACAUCUACUCCGGGGAUAGGAUGUCUCAGUUUCAGAUCAGAAGAACAGGUGAACUGUAUGUGGCGAAGCAACUUGAUCGUGAAGUCAUUGAUUUCUACAAUCUCACUGUUCUCGUAACUGAUGGAAAAUUCACUGGUACGACAAAUGUCUCCAUUACGAUUCUCGAUGUAAACGACAACCCACCAUAUUGCCUGAAGUAUCGCUACAAGAAGACCAUUUCCGAAGAUGUGAAGCCUGGAACGCACCUGAUCACCGUUGAAGCUUCUGAUGCGGACUUAGAGAGCAACUCUAAGCUCAGAUUCUUCCUUACUGGUCGAGGUGCGGAUGACUUUACCCUGGACAAAGAUACUGGCAUUCUCAAGACUGCUCGACAACUCGAUCGAGAGACAAUUUCUCGAUACAUCCUCACAGCCCAUGUACAAGACCGCGAUCAUUUCGGCUGGGAAUGUUCAUCUCAGGUGGAAAUUGUUGUUUCCGAUAUCAAUGACAACCCACCAGCAUUUUCCAUGCCGAUCUACUCUGUCGCCCUGCCAGAAGAUGCGGAAAUCGAGACUCUGGUAACGAAAGUUCAUGCAACUGAUCUCGAUGUUGGAGUCAACAGAAAGAUCCGCUAUUCGAUUGUCGAUGAGGGUAAGGAGAAAUUCUUUAGGAUUGCCAGUGAUAGUGGCAUCCUAACGCUAUCCAGUGGGCUCGAUCGAGAAACUCAAGAGAUGCACAACGUAACUGUAAGAGCAACAGAUCAAGGCGUUCCUGAACUUUCAUCAACGGCUCUCGUCAUCGUCAACAUUCAGGACAUCAAUGACAAUCCGCCAGAGUUUGUGACAAAAUACUUCACAGCUUCAAUCCCAGAGGAAACUCGUAUUGGGGCGGAAGUUAUUGAAAUUGUAGCCACGAGUAGAGAUGUGGGAAUUAAUGCUGAGAUCACGUAUAGCUUUAUUGGUGGCAAUGAGCAGAAGAAAUUCCGUGUGGACAAUCGUACGGGGAUUGUGAGUGUUGCCGGCGAAUUGGAUUAUGAGAGAGCCAGAGAUUAUUUCUUGACUAUUCAGGCUGUAGAUGGAGGAGAACCUCCACUGAGCAGUCUGACGACUCUUAAUAUCACAAUAACUGAUAGCAAUGACAAUCCUCCGCAAUUUACACAAACCACUUAUACAGCGCGAAUCCGCGAAGAUGCUCUCGUUGGCGAUAAGAUAAUCCAAGUGAAGGCUACGGAUCUGGAUUCAGAGGAAAAUGGUCGAGUUGUUUAUGGUAUAGAGAAGGGUGAUAGACUGAAGCAGUUUGCCAUUGAAGCAGAAACUGGAUAUAUUUCAGUAGCGUCCAAACUCGAUAGGGAAUCCAUUUCGAACUAUGUGCUGGAAAUCAGAGCUGUUGACUUUGGUAUUCCUCCUCUGUCCAGUUAUGUUUUAGUCAAUGUUGAGAUUUCCGAUGCCAAUGACAAUCCUCCGCUAUUCAGUGAGAGUAACUACACAGCAUUCAUUCACGAAGAUAAAGCUCUGGGGCAUGUACUAUUGAGGUUUAAUAUCACAGACGCAGAUGCUGCUCCUAAUACAGUUCCCUAUACUUUCGAUUUCCGUUCUGGGAACGAAGGAGGUGUUUUCCGGCUCGAACAGGACGGAAUUUUGAGGACAGCUGCGAGAUUCAAUCACAAAGUAAGAGAUAGGUACGACCUGGAGAUUAGAGUGUUCGACAACGGAACUCCUCCGCUCUUCUCAGAUACUUAUGUCACUGUCAAUGUCAUUGAGGAGUCACAGUACCCUCCAAUAAUUACGCCCUUGGAAAUUGCUAUCAAUUCCUUCCGGGAAUCAUAUCCUGGAGGUGAAAUUGGACGAGUUCAUGCAACAGAUCAGGAUCAAUACGACAGUUUGGUGUAUGGUUUAGCUCCGACUCUUGGAGUUUCCUACAGCCCAACGACUCUGUUCAAUAUUUCCACAGAGGGGGUGCUCUAUGCCCUUCCAGAUCUCGAUUUGGGUGACUACAGGAUCAAUGUAACGGUGUCCGAUGGGAAGUUUCUUUCAGCCACGAUCGUUAAGGUAUCAGUAGAUUUGGUGACUGAAGAAAUGUUAGCCAAUGGAGUGGUACUACGCUUCCGAAAAGUUCAUCCAUCAGACUUUCUACUGAGUCAUCGGAAGGGAUUCAUAAGGUCAAUUAGAAAUGCCAUGGGAUGUCGGUUGAAAGACGUCAUGAUUAUCUCUGUUCAACCGGCUUCAAUUGAAACAGAUGACGUGAAUGCAAUCAGCAAAGAGAAGAUAAGGAAACGCAGGGAAGCAAAUGAAGAUCUUGAUGUUCUGUUUACAGUUCGGAGAUCUCCGCAAAUGGCUGGAUCAUCGACUUUCUACUCUGUGGAUGAGAUCACAAAGGCCGUUGAAGACAAUCUGGAGGAGAUUGAAGAUAUUACGAGGUUAACCAUUGAGGAAAUUGUAAAAUCAACUUGUCCAACAGGAUUCUGUCACAAUGGAAAGUGUGAGGUUUCCAUUAAAGCAACAGAAGAAGCAACGUCUUCUGCCAUCUCCAUUGAUAUUUCUAGCUUUGUGGCUCCUCACUAUCGUCAAGUGAUUGAGUGCAAGUGUCGAGUGGGAUUUGGUGGAGAUCGCUGUGAGAAUCGGGUUAAUGAGUGCGCAUCGAAUCUCUGUCCUAGUCACAAAGUUUGCAUUCCUGAUGCUUCACCGCAGGGUUAUCAUUGUGUUUGCCCUGAGGGUUUCGCAGGACCAAAUUGUGCACGAGAUGUAUCGAAGUGUGAGGAAGAAUCUUGCUACAGCACAGUCAGUCCAGUUUCCUUCUCCGGGAAGAGUUAUGCGCAGUACAAAGUUGAGAGAUUAACAGCUAAGACAUCAGUUGAGAAUCAGUUGAUGCUAUCUCUACACGUGAGAACAGUACAGCCAACGGGAUGCUUAAUGUUUGCCGCUGGGAAAAUUGAUUACAACAUCUUGGAAGUCAAUAGUGGAUUCGUACAGUAUCGCUUUGAUCUGGGCAGUGGAGAGGGUUUGGUGAGUGUUGCCAGUGUCUUCAUUGCGGACGGACAAUGGCACGAAAUCCGAGUAGAGAGGGAAGGAAAUAGUGCCAGGAUUCUUGUUGAUAGAACUCAUGUGGCUUCUGGAAGUGCUCCUGGAGUCAAUGGUGUUCUCAAUCUUCAAACCAAUGAUGUCUAUUUUGGUGCAGAAGUCCGUCAGCAUCCGACUGUCAUUGGUUUUGAGGAUAUAGAGAGAGGAUUCAUUGGAUGCCUUGAUGAUAUUCGCCUCUCUCGCCAAUCUUUGCCACUCUAUCUCACUGAAGAGAGCUCUGUUCUCACUCUGAGACGCUUUGCCAACGUUGAAUUCUCUUGCGAUGCUGCAAGUGUUCUAAAGCCACUGGGUGUCUGUGGAAGUCAGCCUUGCUUCAAUGGAGGCACUUGUAGGGAACUAAAUGGCGCUUUUGAGUGCCUCUGCCAUUCACGCUUUACAGGACCGCUCUGUUCUCACGAUCGUGAUCCUUGCGCAUCUUCUCCAUGUCUGUACGGUGGACAGUGUCGCGAUCAAGGUGCUGGGAACUACACCUGCGAUUGUCCACCGAAAAUGACGGGAAAAAGAUGUGAUUUUGGACGUUUCUGUGCUCCAAAUCCCUGCCGGAAUGGUGGGGUUUGUGAAGAAGGGGACUUUGGACCACUAUGCAUGUGCAGAGGCUACAUGGGACCAACGUGCGAGGUGGAUGUCAAUGAGUGCGAGAAUCAACCAUGUGGAAGUGGAGCUACGUGUAUCAAUGAGGCAGGGAGCUUCCGAUGCAUCUGUCCGCCAUAUCUAACAGGUGCCAGCUGUGGAGAUCCCUUGUACUCUAAUCUCCUAAAAUCUAUGAAAUUGGACAAUGUUCCUUUCGAAGUUGUCCUCAUUGGGGGCGCUAUUCUAGCAGUGAUUGGACUCAUUGCCAUUGGAGGUGUUAUAUGGUGCCUGGCUGCGAGAAAGAGAAAGAACCAUCAGGCUCACAAUAAUACAAAUAAUGUUCUGAAGAAUGAUCCCGUUGCCGUGGGAUACAAGAGAGGCUCGAAGAUGAGCAACUUGGAACAGCAGCAGCAGGCACCUCGGCCAGUUUCCUAUACUCCCACUUCCAACAACGAUGCCCCCUAUGUCUGUAGCAUAAUGAACAAUCUAGAGACCCUACGUAACUACGGAUCAGCUGGGGAUGAACUGGAAAAUGUAGUGGAGGAGUACAGGAAACAGAGACCAACACAGCAGCUGCUGGUGAAUAUAAAUGGGGCGGGAAGUGAGGCAGAUGCUGGGAAGCAGGUUUGGGCUGAUCAUAUCCAUCUCCAAACCUUCUCAGACGGAUCUAGUCCGACUGGGAAGAUCAACAAUGAUGUGAAAAUGCUCGAUCCUCAUAUAAGACUGGGAACACUCAAGUCUGCGGGAAUUUUGCCCGGAAGGCUCGUAACGUCACCGCCAGAGGAGCAGCAGGGACACCAUGGAGCCUAUCAUUGGGACUGUUCGGAUUGGGUGAGACCUAGCCACAAUCCACUUCCCAAUAUCACAGAAGUGCCAGGUAGUGAGAUUCCCGACUCCUCCAGCUUUCACAGCAACGAGAGCAAUGAGUCUCAGCCGAAAUUAACUUCAGUGCCUCAAUUGUCUUGCGUUGUGGAUCCUGCACGUGACAUUGAGACCCUCAAUGAGGAUUUGGAAUCGGACGUGGUGCCAGAUUAUGCAAAUCGCGAUGAUGAUCACAUGACGAGCCUCUCAGCUCUCAAUCCACUCGACAGUGGAAGUGAAGAUUAUCGAUUUAGUACAGCUGAGAGCUACUUGAGGCAUCCUAACAGCUAUCUGCCCAGGUACAACAUCCAGAGUGACACGGACGGCGAGAGGGCAUCUUUGAUGGCCAAUGGUGGGACCUUUGAGAUGCCAAAUGUCAGCAUCGUGGAGUCCGAUGAGGAAGCAGAAGAGGAAGACAGCAUUCCGGCUUAUGGCUUCCCAGCAGCAUCAGCAUCCAAGGCUAGACGUCGAAACCGCCUGGAGGCUAGAGAUAUGGAGCUGGGGAUGAGAUCUCAAGAGGAUGACAGUCUCCUGGGUGGCCAGGGACAUGGGCAUCGAGGAGGUUCCAACAGUGACUUAUCCGUGCACCUCUGUGAGAUUGAAGACAGUGAGUACGAAGGGGAUUCGAAUGCAUUGGCGAAAAUAAUGCAACAGACAUCCGUUUAGGGAAAAAAAGCAAAACAAAGCUAUAAAAAAAAGAGUUUUAGAAGAGAGUGUCUUUUUCUGUGAAAGAGAUCCGAUUUUCCUUUUUCGUUUUAUAUAAUGAAAAAAAAAGGAGGAAAUUAAAAAGCUUCCUCUUACACGCGAAGAAAGCCAAUCACGCACUCUUUCACCCCGUCCUCUGACAAUUUUUUCUUUAUUCUUCUCUUUGUUAGAGUCACUUGACAAAUUUUUUUCUUAGAAGAGCUUUUUUCACAUUUUUGUUCCCUUUUUUUGCAUUCAGUCAAAGGGAGAUGACAAAAAAAAUAACAAGUGUGGAGUAACAACAAAUAAAACCUCUCAAGCAUAAAUAUUAUUCUUCUGCACAAUUUUAUCAACAUUUUUUUUGUUAUUGGGAAAGAGUUGAAAAAAAUUAAAAAAACAAAAAAAUAGGAUAAAAUCCCUAUAAAAAGUAUUCGACAGAAAAAUAUUUGGAGUUUGAGGAAAGGGCUUUCAAUUACAAAGAGAAAUAUUUCAUUUGAUAGUUUUUGAGAACUUUAUUUUACUAUAUUUUUACAAUUAGGAAAUUGAGAACAGUUCACAACGCCAUCUAUUGAGUUUCUUUCUGAUAAAGGCACCAGUCAUAUACAUUUAUUUAUUCCCAUUUUCGUCGAAACUGUUUCUAAUUUCGCCGGGACGGGAGACGGGACUGUUCCCAAUCAGCCACUCGAGUUAUCUGCAAUGAUUCAUAAUCGAACUAACACUAGAUUUAAACUAGACUAGAAAUAUCAAAAAAGUCACAAUAUCUGCAAGGAAGCAGAAAAUCGAAAAUUCACGAUUUUUGACCAAGAAUAUCUAAGCUCAGGAGGCAUUUGGGAUCCUGCAAAAAAUAUGCUAGAUUUGGACGUCCUUAUAGUUUGUAAUCAUCCCUAAGAAUUUGAUUUUUAUCGAUUUUAAAUAAUCCAAAAACAGGUUUUUCCGGAAUUAUGCAUAUUUACUUUUGGGCUCUAAUAGCUAAAGUUUAACUCUUUUGUCUUCUUUGAGACUCUGGGUACCCAUGGAAAACAAAAUUUUUUUUGGACUUUAGAAUCGAUAAAAAUCCGAUUCUUGUGGAUGAUUACAAACUAUAAGGACAUCCAAAUCUAGGAUAUUUUUUGCAGGAUCCUAAUUAACUCCUGAGCUAAGAUAUUCUUGGUCAAAAAUCGUGAAUUUUCGAUUUUCUGCUUCCUUGUAGAUAUUGUGACUUUUUUGAUAUUUCUAUACCCGAAUGAGGAAAAACCUCUCGGGGUCAAUAAGUAUGAUAACUAACAAUUACAGAUUGCAUAAAUUCGAAAAAUAUUUUUUUCUUAAAUUUUCAAAAAACUUGUUUAAACUUUAUGGGUACUCUCGUCCCCAAAAAUCUAGAGGUCAAAUGUAAGGUUAUCCCUCCAAUGCCCGCUAUUUGCUUUUUGACAACAAACCUUGUAAGAAAAUUCCAAGCUGGAGCGACAUUUAUGCCAAAAUGGCCGAUAAUUUUGACAUUUGUCAGCGAGGGAGAUUGCUUUCGGGAAAGUUUUCCUAUUCUUCCUGAUUUUGGUGAAUUCUGAUUGUCCAGGAAGUGUCUUUUAUGCUUUUGAGAAAGCUUAAUGUGUCUACAAUAACAUCGAGUUGAAAGAAAUGUGUUUUAAAGUGUUAUGUGUAAAAUAUUAUCAGGAAUCUGUUUACAAACAGGAGUUGGGUGUCUUUUUUAGCACUUCCUGGACAUCCCACAAGAUACUGGUCAAUAAUUCACAUUGUUUUAGUGAUCAACAUUGUAAAGGAGUCAUUUGACACGCAAAAAUAAUUUAUAAAAUUGAUAUUAUUGGCUGUUGGAAAAUUGAAGUUUGUCUCCUUUUCGUUCUUUUGGGGACGAGAGUUCCCAUGAGUUUUCCAAUGUCCCAGAGGAGGAAAAAAUUCUUUCUCUACAAAAGUAUCAUAUUUGACCACUAAGACUUACAAUAAAGUGAGUUUUACUGAAAUUCGUUUGCUGGAUAUGUUGUGGUCCGGAAAGAGAUAAAGGGAAAUUUUUCCUAUCUUGAAAACUGUUCUAAUUUCAUAAAACACUCCUGAAUAUCCGAUCGUCUUUAAAAAAAAAUGUACAAGUUUUUGAAUAUAGAUUUGUUUACUUUUUUAGUUUUAUUCUACAUACAGAAAAUAUUAAAGGAGUUUUUCUUGGCGGAAAUUUUCCAGAAAUAAAAACGACAAUCUAAGGAAAAACCGUGGAAUUUUCCAUACCCCUUUCCGCGAAACAAUGCGGAUUAUUUUUUAUAGGGAUCCUUAUAGAAAACAUAAUGAAUAUUUCGCAUCACCGCGUUGAAUAAAAUACAGAGCAGAAGAAUUAUUUUAAAGAGAGAGAAAAAAAAUAUUUACGAACUGAUAAUUGUGGCAUUUUAAGCUAAUGUGAUAAAAAGACAUGAGAAAAACAUAACAUCCCACAUAAUUGCAUAAAAUGAAGCAGUGAAGCAAAAUUAAUGAAUAUAAGUAUAAUUUUCAGAAAAAAAAACUUUUCAUUUGAACCUAAUUGGUUUUUCUUGCUCUAAAGGAUUUGCAAUGUAUUUUUAUGAGCAACAUUUUAUGAUAUACAUGAAUAGUUUCUAUUUUUUAUCAACUUAAUAAAAUUCACUGAGUUUAUUAAAAUUCCAACCAAGACUUUGUGGCUUUUACAGUCACUGGCGCAUAAUUUAUUCGCAUUUUAUUAUUACUAUGUAUUUUAUUUUAAAAAACUCAAUACAGCUUUUUACACCGCUGCAUCUCAACAAGGCAUCUAAUAACAAUUUUUACUAUUUUAUUUUUUUAAGUGAUUUUUUUGCGCAAUAUUUAUUACUUAGAUAUCUUUCCUCUAAGGGCUACUCGCUUAAUGUUAAUAUGAAUGAAGGAUUUUAUAUAGAACAAUGGAUGUAUUUAACUUAGCGGUCUACUUCAUAUUAAGUCUUUAAAGAUUUCACGUAUUCAGGCUUUAGGUUAAAUGCUUCCCUUGAGUUUAGAAUAUUAGAAAUAAAUUCAAUGCAAUUUUUCUUGCCGAUUUUUGAUGACGAGAAACUUUUGUACGUGCAUUUAAGUGGCAGAUUAUUUUCUGCAAUGCAAUAUUUAACUCAUUUUCUAAAGAUAUUUUUGAUAGAAGAAAGAACUGCCUGCGAGUAGCCCUAAAAUUUAUUGUGUAGGAAAAAUUUUCCAGUGAACGUCAUUCAUCAAAAGAAAAUCAUUGAAAUUCGUCCUUAUUCUUAAAUUUGACGAAGUGAGGUUAUUUCAAAAAGUGAGGUUAUAUUUUGACGUUUUGAAGCGCAGACUUAACUCACAUCCUAACCUAAAAAACAGCUUAGGUUUGGUAAUUUGAAAACCGAACAAAAUUAACCAAAAGCUCUACAUGAUAGGAUGGAGUAAGCCCUUUUAGCUUCUUUAAGCGUUAAUGACAGAGACUUCUUGAAAAUCUUUUAAAUCUAUUUUAAAAAUAAACAUUUUAUGCUUCAAAAUGUUAAAUGACUUGGUUUCUUGAUGCUUUUUCAAGAACCGCCCAGCAAUACAUGGAUUUAUCAAGAUUCCAUUGAUUAUCAAGAUACUAAAAAGAUGCCUCUUACUCAGGGAGUUCUCUACUUGGCUCUUUCCACACUUAACGAAAAUGAAAUAUAAUUUAUGUCAAAAAUAUUUGAUCUUCCCAGCAACGAAAGUUCCCUGUUUAAACACCGUUCAGCAAACGCGAUCGGAACAGGGUUCGGUCCAAUGUAAAUCCUUACGGGCUGGGAAAAAGCGAACGCGGUUGAAGCAAUAGUUCUCUUUGAUGGCCACCACUUUCUGAACAUUUGGGAGGCCGCCACCGUCGCGAUAGGUCGAACAGGGAACUCUUUCGUUGCUGGGUUAUAGCAAUCAUUUUUCGUUAAGAAUGAGCUUUGUUUUAUAUUGACGAAACAGGCUCCCUUAUCACAGAUUUUUGACAGAAACUAUAUUUCGUUAAGUAUGGAAAAUGUGGAAUGACCCUAGUGGAGAAUUCGCCGGGCAAGAGAGGAAUUCUGAUCGCCACUUUAAUUGUUGAUGAGGUGCUUAUUUUUCAAUGUUCGACAGUCUAAAUUCGACGAGAUUGUUUCGAUUGCGGAACGUAUUUCCCGAGUCCCUUGACUAUCAGCUAAGACGACACUUUAAGUUCCACAAAUAUGUCUCAUAUGAACAAGAAUUCCUUUUUUUCAUUGAUUUUUAACCUGUUAUCCCUAUCGGGGUUGCGGGCCCAAGACAUCCAGGUUAACAGCUCAUGCUUAGUUCCUCCGCCACUUCAGGAAGAUGUUCGCGUUCGAUCUCAAGGCACUCCCAGACAACUUGUAUUUGAGUCAAUCACCUUGUCCUAAGUUUGUCCCGAAUAAGAUUCCCUGAUUUUGGAAAUAUUAUGACAGAUUGGUCUUGAUUUCAGAGGAUAAAGUAUUAAAAUAAGUUCCACAAUCAAGAUAAUUCUGUCAUUGCCGUUCUGGAUAGGAGCGUGAGCGUGUUCCUAGGUUCCUAUUCAUACUCAAAGUGGUAAACCUCAUGUGGAACUUGAACUAUGUGGUGGAUGUACUCGCUAUCAGUCAGUAUCGCUAUAAUUGGCCUUCAGAUUUCCACAUUUUCCACACUUAACGAACCAUCACUUCUGUCAAAAAUCUUUAAUCUCGUAUGAAUUUUCUUUUUUAAGAGGAAAUUUUGCCUUAAAUUCUCUCUUAAAUUUAAAUUCUCUCAGAAGGAGAGAAUUUAAGAGAAGGAGAAGGAAAAUUUUCGAGAGAAUUUAAGGCAAGAUUUCCUCUUAAAAAAGUAAAUUCAUACGGGAUUAAAGAUUUUUGACAGAAGUGAUGUUUCGUUAAGUGUGCAAAAUGUGGAAAUCUGACGGCAAAUUAUAGGGAUUCCAAGCAACUAAUGCUACUUAUGCGACUUUAAAAUUUUGAUUUUUUUCAUGAAAUUCUAAAUCUUGAAAUAUCUGAGAUUUAGGUCUGAGACAUUCAAGAUGUCUAGGAAUUUGAUUCCUUGGAUUUUUUAAUUUUUUGAUUUAAGGUUAUCGCAAUAUGAUAUUUUUUUAUUUUCAUUUUAAAGAUGGUCUCAGAGUUGACGCCAUUAAUUAAUGAAUUACAAGUCUUGAAAUAUCCGUGGUUUGUUGGUAGGAUAUAUGAAGUUUUCCAAGAUUCCAAAAUUUACAAGAUUCGACUUGUUUUUGGUCUCAGAAUUGAAACUGAAUGUUCCUGUUGAGUCCCUCCUCGAGUCCAACAGCAACUUCGGGUUCUUCCUUUAUAGUAAAAUCCCUUUAAUUUCGUCUCCUACUUUAUUCACGUCCAUUAACAUCGACAACUCAAGAGAGACUAAACUAACCUAAGUGCGACGUUCUCGGAGGUCACGACAUCGUAUGUGAAACAUUAGAACUGUAUUAUACAGGUAUAGCAGUUCCUUUUUCUAUUUUAAUUUUCUACUUAUCAACCUAAAAUCUUUGGCAUAAGAGACGAAAAAUUGAGGUUACGAGGAUUAUAGAAACACUUAGGUUAGGUAUCUUUUUUUUUUACUAAAAACUUGCCUAACACUUUUCAACUUUAACGAAAUUAUUUGAAGGUUAAGUCUAACAUAACCUCACAAUCUACAAUAACCUCACAAUUAAUUAAAAGAUUAAGGAAGACAUACAACAUUAAAAAUUAUUUUUAAAGAUCUUUUCUUUUUAAUUAAAAAAAGAACAUUUUCAUACAAUCUAUUUAAAAAAUAGUAUUACAUUUUCUUUUAUUUGUUCUAAAAUUUCUUGGAUAAAAUAUAAACGUAACUAGUGAAUUCUGUAAAUAAACUGAAGAAGAAUCCCAAAUCCAAGUAAAAGAGAAUACUUCAAACAAAAAGCAAAAUGACCUAUUUUUAUAAAAAUCAAAGUACUUUUUUAAGAAACACGCCCUCUCUUAAAAAAACUAAUCACAAGACACUAUUUAGACAGGAUCAGAAGGCGCCAAAAGCGAUCUUUCUAAUUUAUCAUUUCGUCACAAACCUAUUUUUAGUAUUAAAAAUUAAAAAAAAAGAAACAAAUAUGAAGAUCGAUGCAUUUAAUUGUAAUUAAAAGAAUUAUAAUAAAAUAGUUUAGAAUAACAAAGUCACACUUUUUUUUAUUUCGAAUGAAAAAACCGAAGCAAAAGUAGCGAAGAACAAAUCACAUUAUUAGUGUUUAGAAUUUUUCUUAUUAGGUAAAACAAGGCAACAACAGAAAUAAAAUUGUAAAAUCGAGGAGGGAGAAAAAGUGAGAAAAAAUAAUGUAUACAUUUUAGAAAUAAGGGAAAUGAGGAAAUAAAAAGAAUUAUAAGAAUGAAAUGUGAGGCCAUAAGUGAGUUAUCUUUAUGUUUUUGUCUCUAAUGUUAAUGCAAUUUGCAAUUGUUCACUUUUAAGAUAAAAAAAAACAUAAAAUAUAAAAGAAAAAAAUGGUACGAGGCGUAAAUCGUGAAUCACUUUUAACAUUGACACCACACACAAUUUUAAUUAUCACUUAAUAAGAAAAAAAAACAACAAAAAAAUAGAUAAGAAGAUUCAAAAUAGAAUAAAACGAGCAGAAGAAUUGAGGAUAUUUUCCAAAGUGUUAGAGAUAAGGAGUCCUUAGUCCUUGAUCCAGCUUGUAACAUUGAGGCCAUGUACUGUGCAUUGAGAAAAGGACGCUUAUCUCUGACUGCGGAAAAUAAAGACAACAAAAAUAAAUGAGAAAUAGUCCAACUAAUCAUGAAUCCACAUAUCUUGAGGCAAAAAUACGGAAAACGCGAAGGAAAGUUAAUUGAGAUGGUUGAUGGAGAGAGAAAUAGUUGUAAAAUACUUUAUUUAAUACACUUUGUACAAUGAAA